AUGACCGCGACCACGAACAGCUCGCCCAGCCCGGCGCCCUCGAGCCGGUCGCUGACCGCCUACUCCUGCCCACCCUCGACGAGCCGGGGCACCUCGCCGGCAGCAGCCAGGACGCGCAAGCUCUCGGCGACCAACCCGCCCCCGGCGAUCCUGCCCAAGCUGUCGGCCAAGCUGCCCAGCCGGCUCAAGCGCCCCAGUCUGCACCACGCACCCGCCACACCAGCGCCCCUGCCCGUCCCGCCCUCGCCCUCCCAUCCCUCGCCCCCCUUCAGACAGACCCUCCAUGCCUCGCUCUCCCAGGACGGCCUCGACAGCGGCCAGCGCAGACUCAACCAGUAUCUGCUCCUCAAGACCAUCGGCAGAGGCUCCUUCGGCUCCGUCGAACUCGCCCAGGAUACCAGCAUCGUCGGCCCCGACGCUGCCCCCGGAAAGGCCCUCUAUGCGAUCAAGGAGUACUCCAAGUCCCGCAUGCGCAAGCGCGCUAGGAUCCUCAACCAUCGCUCUAGGAUCAUGUCCCGCUCCGCCAGCUCGAAUCAGUCGCCUACGCAGCCCACCCGACUCCUCUCCGAAUCCUCUGAGGGCAUCCUGCUCGUCAAGGAAGAAGUGGCCAUCAUGAAGAAACUCUCCCAUCCGAACAUCGUCUCCCUGCUCGAAGUCAUCGACACCGACCAGGACAGUCUCUUCUUCGUGCUUGAACUGUGUCCAUACGGCCCCGUCAUGCAGAUCCAGCCCAACGAGAGCACACCGCCGCUCUCAGAAGGAAGCGCACGGAACGUGUUCCGCCAGAUGAUCCUGGGCAUCGAGUAUCUGCACUUCAACCAGGUCAUCCAUCGCGACAUCAAGCCCGACAACAUCCUCUACUUCGACAACCCCGCUCUCCGCCCCGACCCGCUCUGCAAGAUCGUCGACUUCGGCGUCAGCGAAUCCUUCGCUAAGCCUGGAGAUGAUAUGAUGCAUAAGUCGGCUGGGUCGCCUGCGUUCCUGGCCCCAGAAGUAUGCAUGGGAAUUGGAGAAGGGGUGCAUGGAAGGAUCGCCGACAUCUGGGCCAUGGGCAUCACGCUGUACGCUUUAGUGUGUGGGAAGUUGCCGUUCGAAGGGCACAACCAGAUCGUGCUGUGCGAGAAGAUCAUGAACGACGCGCCUGAGUUCCCGAGUCAUCUGAGCGGCUCGCUGGUCGAGCUUCUGCGAAGCUUGCUGACCAAGACGCCCCACCAACGGAUCCAGAUGGACGAGCUGCGGAUAGCGAAGUGGGUGACGGAGGAAGGUAGGCAGCCGAUGACGAUGCCAGCGUCAGACCUGACGCCGAUCCAGCCGCCAACAGAGCGCGAGAUCAUGGAUGCGUUCAAGAGCCUGAAGACGAUAGCGACGAUGUUCAAAGCGAUCGGGAAGUUCCGAGCGAGCAAGCGGCGGAGCCGGACGAGCCAGGUGACCGACGACGUCUCGGAGUCGUUGGGGAGCUCGCCGAGCGGGACGAGUCGGCCGGGGUCGCCAUCGAGCUACACCGACCAGCUCGUCGACUCCCCGCUCAGCUCGCUCACCUUCUCGCCCCGCCCCAGAGCCCCCUCCAUCCGCACACGCACCGCCCCCGACCUCGCUACUCGAGGACUUGCUCAGAUCAUCCAACGAACUCUCGAUAUCAUGCCGACCAACGCGGCCUCCGGCUCAUGGUGCACCAUCAAUCUCAUCGACCGACCAACAGCUGGAACGGCAACUCCCUGCAAAGAAUACAAGCACGAAACAAGCACCGACCCGACGACGGGGGCCAUCCAGGAAACCGCGACGAUCGAAUCCCAGGCCGCCAGUCCGUUCGAGAUUUCCUUCAACAUCAAGCCAACCACCUCCUCGUCCCUCCGCAAGCCAGCUCCCGCCAGCAGCAAGACUCGGUCGGCAACAAACAACAGUCCACAAUCACUCGUGCCAGAAGACUAUCUCGUCCGCUUCUACUUGGAUGGGAUCGAUAUAGGUGACUGUGUACUCCCAAGAACGCAUGGUUUUCCUUAUACUGUUGGUGGAGUUUCAGUCGGAGAAGGUCUAUAUCAACCACUUCAAUUUGCCGCGGUUAAUCUAGUCGAUCCAGAUGAACAUCAACCCUCGGACGAUGAUGAUAAGAUUUGUGAGGAUGAGGAUGUGAUCAAGUCACUUGGUACGAUUCGGGUCAAUAUCACAAGAUGUGUUGCCGUCCCCCAAUCAACAGCAUCUUUUGCCGAUCAACCUGAUGAAAUCCGAACUACGAAUCAGAUGAACUUCUCCGAACGUUCUAAAAAAGCUUGUCUUGCUACUACGGCCGGUCUAGCCAAACCAACAAUCGAUCACAAGCCAGCUCCAGCGAUCAUUUGGGAGGCUGAAAAUGCUGAGCCAAAACCGUUCCUCGAAUUUAUUUUUAAAUACAAACCGCAAUCAAUCUUGGAAUCCGAAGGGAUCAUCGCACCCACGGUCCCAGAAGCCGCCGCCAAGGCCGAACCAGAAAACAAACCCAAGAGGGAGGAGAACAAAACCAGCAAAAGAAUCAAGAGUGAGGAUAAAAAACAGAAGAAGAGCGGUCAACAUGAAGAUAAAAAGCCCAAUGUAGUCGAUUUGACUGGCUCUGACUCCGAGGAGCAUCAUGAUAAAAAGUCUAAGAUCAUCGAUCUGACGGGGUCUGACGAGAGUGAUUAA